AUGUCAUAUUCACCAGCACCACCCAGCCACAGCCCAGUCUACAACCCACAACCCAGACCACAGCUCACAACCCACAAUCCAACCACAGCCCAGCCCACAAAUCAGCCCACAGCCCAACCCAGCUCAAAGCCCAACCCAGCCCACAGCCCAGCCCAAUACCCAGCCCACAACCCAGCCCAACCCAGCCACAACCCAGCCCAACCCAGCCCACAACCCAGCCCAAUACCCGACCACAACCCAGACACAACCCAGCCCAAUUCCCAGCCCAUAACCCAGACACAACCCAGCCCAAUACCCAGCCACAAACCAGACACAACCCAGCCCACAGCCCAGUCCACAACCCAGACACAACCCAGCCCAAUACCCAGCCCAAUACCCAGCCCACAACCCAGCCCACAACCCAGCCCACAACCCAGACACAACCCAGCCCACAACCCCGCCCACAACCCAGCCCAAUACCCAGCCCAAUACCCAGCCCACAACCCAGCCCACAACCCAGCCCACAACCCAGACACAACCCAGCCCAAUACCCAGCCCAAUACCCAGCCCACAGCCCAGCCCAAUACCCAGCCCACAGCCCAGCCCAAUACCCAGCCCACAGCCCAGCCCAAUACCCAGCCCACAGCCCAGCCCAAUACCCAGCCCAAUACCCAGCCCACAACCCAGCCCACAGCCCAGCCCAAUACCCAGCCCACAACCCAGCCCAAUACCCAGCCCACAGCCCAGCCCACAACCCAGCCCAAUACCCAGCCCACAACCCAGACACAGCCCAGGAUCUGUAUCUCUUCCAGCUGUGUGCUUAUGGAUUAA